AUGUCAUUUGAUCAUUACGAUACGAUUCUUAGCUCGAAUUUGUUCCUACAAACUCCUUUAGUGGAACAAGUUGUUGUUCCUGAUGAUCAAGUUCAAGAUGAUGCUUCAGAUAACAAUCAAUAUCAAACCAUUAUUAAAACCAUUAAGAAUUUCAAUUCUGAAGAACAUCAUGACUCCGUAAAUGAAUAUAGGUUAUUAAUAUCCACUGCAAACCAAGCAAGAGAUUUGAUCAUACAACAAGAUACCAUCAAAACCAAAGAUCAAUUACAAUUGAUUUUCAAAUUAUGGAAUAUUCGUUUAACUUUAUUAGUUAUAUCUGGGGAAUUACAAUUAUCACAACAAGAAUCAAAAAGAUUAAGUAUAGCUAUAAAUAAAGCUGUUAGAUUAAAAGAACCAAAUUUGAAUAAAAAUUUAGUCCCAUCUAAUGUUUCAAUAUUUGGUGAUGAUAUACCAUUAUCAUUAAAAAUUUUAAUUAUUAGAUUAAAAUCAAUUGGUCCCAAUAUAACAUUAUCAACAGAAUAUUAUUUAAUUCUAUGGGAAUUAAGACAGCGAUUCUUGGAUCAAGUUAAUGAACAAGAUGAAAUACAAUUAAAAUUAGAAAUUUUAUCAUAUAGUAUUGCAUCAAAUCUUAUAGCUAAAAGAGAAUAUUCUACAUUUUUAACUCAAGCAGAUUCAAUUAUUAAUACAAUUCAACAACAAGAUUCAAGCAUACUACAAACCCAAUUUAAUGAUAAGAUAUCAAUUUUAGCAGUGCUGAUAUCAUUUAUAAAAGGUGAUUGGGAUUUGGCAAAUUAUUAUUUUGAAAAAAUAUCAACUAUGGAAAGUUUUACAAAUAAAAUCAAAUCAUUAGAAUAUAUUCUACAAACUGUUGAUCCUGUCCUUGAUCCUAAAAGAACUAAAACUAAUCCAGAAAUUAAAGAAUCAAUAAAUUUAAACAAUAUUAAAACCAUUGAUGAUUUAUUUGAAUUGAUUAAAGAUCAAAGAAUAACUGGUCGUAUACUUUGUUCUCUAUGUGCAUAUUUUGAACUUCAAUUAAGAUCAUCAUUAUCAUCAUCAUCAACCAAUGAUUUAUUUGAAUCUUCUUUGAAUGAUAAUGAUGAAUUAACCGCUGAAUUAUUGAAAAUUUGGUUAAAAAAUCCAAAUAAACUUUAUGGAUUUGAAUGA